UCAAAUGCUUAUUUUUUACGUUAGUUGUUUGCUGCAUAUGCACAAUAUGCUACUUUAAUACUGAGAUCAUUGUCUUUUUAAAGCUAGAUCUGAUUGAUUUAAGUAUGAGUAACUUGCUAUUACCAAAUUUAUUCCAUAUUUGGUGAGCAAACUGCAAACCAGGGCAUCAAGUCAGUUUCAUCUUGCAGCUAUUCGCUUUUAUUAGGAAUCAAAUAGUAAGUGCAAUUGUUUACUUGACCAGUAAAAGGAACAAUGUGGAGGGUUUUGAGCACUCUCUUAAAAGGAGCAAAGAAAAUACAGAUAAAAAGGUUACACAAGCCAAUUUUUGGGAGAGAGAUUCUUCCACACAGAAUGGAAAAGUUAAGAAUGACCAAGUAAAUAAUUUCUUGAAGAAAGAAGAAAAGGUAAACAGUGAUGAGCUCUCUCUACAUUUGGGAAAGAUGGUAAUGGGCACUGUAGCCACCAUGUAUGGCAGGUGUUGUACAACAGAUCUGGAAACUAGGUGCAGUAGUGUUAACUUGCCAUGGAGACCGAGCACCUACUACAAGGUUGCAGGUGCCAACACCACCCUUGCCCCCUAUACUAAGAACCUGUGUGGGAGGCAGUACCCCGUGAUGAGCUCGUAUCCGCCAAUGACCUCUUGUUCGGCAGUGAGCGGGGGUCCCAUCAUUAACUGCCCCGUGCCUUCGUACCCUGUGAUGCAUUCAUGCCCGGCGAUUACUCCACGACCGCCAACAAACUGCCCAGUGGUGAAUCCGUGCUCUGUGAUCGACCCAUGCCCUGCAAUGGAUCCUUGCUCCCCGGGAAGCUCCAAUCGCAUCGCCCUUUUCAGCAGAUACACCCCCGGAGAAUGGGUGGAGGCCAACCACAACAACUACAAACAAUCCAAUUGUUCCAGGCACAAUUCCGAGAAGCUUAGGGAGGACACUUCACGACUCAUCCUGGACAAGGCCCAGCUGACCAGGAAAAUACAGAAUGACACCAGUGUCAACAUUGGGCAAAGGGUGGAGGACAUCAGCUUCUGGAAGUCGGAGCUCGACCAUGAACUUGACCAAAUGAUCAUGGAGAUUCAUGCUCUGGGUCAAGUGAAGAGGAGAGUGGAGAAAGCUCUGGAGGAGACAGAUUCACACCUCCAGAUGGUUCAAGAAUGUUUGUACCACCGUGAAAAGAGGAUGGGCAUUGACUUGGUUCAUGAUGAAGUGGAGUCGCAGCUGCUUGAGGAAAUGAGAAUUAUCAAGUGCAUUCAAGAAAGAUUGAAAAGAGGCAUAGAGAGAGCCGCUGAGCAACUUUCAAAUGACAGGGCUGCUCAGCAUGAACUGGAGAGAGAUCUGUGUGAUAAAUGUUCAGCAUACUGGAUUGACGAUAAGGCGCAUCAGUUGAAGAACACGUCAGAUGGUAUCAACUAUUACUGUGGAAUUGAGCAAGUGAAUGCAACGAUAACUACGCCUGAUUCCUGGUUGAAGUAUACCGAGGACAACAUUCUACGUGCGCAGUGUGAGCGCGCUGCUUCAUCGAGACUGCGAGAUGAGCUCGAGAAGCUUCUAGCUGCUACGUCCGAGGAGUUGUGGAAGCAAUUUAACAACGUCAAUCUUGCGUUUACACAUCGCAUCUUUGAGAUUGGUGAUGCCAAGAAAAAGUUACAGAUGCACUUGGCAAAGGUUCUGCAAGAGAUAUUCCAAAUGGAAUGCACCAUUGAGGAGUUGAAGAUGGCCAUUAGGCAAAAGGAAGCACCCAUGAAGGUGGCGCAGACCCGUUUGGAGGAGAGAAUCAAGAGGCCCAACAUGGAGCUGUGUUGUGAUCAGCCUCAGCACAGGUUGGUCUGUGAAGUGUACACCAUCGAUGCGACCAUACAGACGCUGAAGCAACGUCUACAGGAGUCUCAAAAUGCCCUGCAGCUGCUGGUGCAGACCAAGUCUGUCCUGGAGUAUGACAUCGCUGUGAAGGCCAACUCUCUCUUUAUAGAUCAGGAAAAAUGCAUGGGGAUGCGCAGAACCCUCCCCAACACACCACGCCUAAUUGGCUGCGCUCAACUAAAUGCAGGCCAUUAUUGCGCCCGCCCACCCCCGGAAAAGAAACCUUGCAACUGUGGUUGCAAAAAUAAAAAGAAAGUAACAUAAAUUAAUUAAAACAAUGAAGCCACUGGGCUUCGGAUAACUGCAUGCUGAUUCAAAAAGCAAGGCUUGA